AUGGAAAUUCCUGAUAUUCCCUGCUCAGAAAACUCGCCGGAGGAUCAGGAGAACACUGAGGUCUUGGUUGGAAACGCUCAGAACCUCAUGCAAGCGGUUAUCGAGACAGUACGCGUUGCAGAAGGUGCUAGCAUCAAAAUGCGGGUGGACAGUGGCUACAAAAUUCGUUGGAUGCCUCGACCACUCUCCGCCACGGUAAUUAGCUAUGCAGCUCAUUGA